UGAAAUGUUAAUAUUUGAUGUAUAGAUCCCCACCCAGGAUUAAUCCACUUGUCCAUAGCACAGAUGUUUAGAGCCGUCACGUUCAUCUACAUGUGUUUCUCAUGCAGUCUGUAGGACAACAAGUAAACAUCCAUCAACUCCAUUUAACACGUGAAAAAUGCUCAAGCAUGUGCAUUCAAAUAAACAUUUGAUUAUGUAAUAACAUACUAAUGUGGGAUCCGUGUGAAUUAGCCAUUGAUUUACUUAUCCAUCAUAACAAACAAACGAGUGUGUGAACGCACACAAACAUAAACACACACAUAAACACACACAGAAUGUGCAUGUAAACAUGAGGUCAGUGAAACUGUGAUUUAAAUCUGACGUGAGUCUAUUAAAGGGAUCGCGCGCCACCUGCAGGAAAUAAAGUUAAACAACCAACCACCGGAAACCGGAAACAAAGCAACAGAAAGUAAAAGUAUGUGAACAACACUGAUAUAAUGCAUCAAGGCAAAUCAAAGUGAAGAAAGAGUCAAACUCGACGACAGGACGAGUGAGAUUCAUGUGUGGAAGAUCAUCAGAAGAGUAAAUGAAAAGAUUCGCCGAGGAGACAUGAGGAGAUUUAACGCGUGUUUACUGUCAGUCGUCAUAUAUGAUGUGUGUAAAGACAGAGAUCUUCAUCUUCAUCUCUCUCAUUCACACGAGCUUAUGUAUGGACAUCCCCGCUCCUGUAAAUCUCAGCAUAUCAUCUGAACAUUUUGUUCACUUAUUGUCCUGGAGUUUGGGACCAGACACCCCUGCUGGUGUUCACUACACAGUCAGCAUGCGCUCACUCAGCAAUCGCAGUGUGAUGCUGGUGAAGGGUUGUGAGAAGGUGACGUCUCCUCUGCAGUGUAAUCUUACAGAAGCGUUCUCCGAUGCAACUGAAACCUAUUACACAAACGUAUCUGCUGUCCUGAGGAACCACACGUCACCCCCGGCUCUCUGCAGACCCUUCAAACCCGUCGAGAACACCACGCUGGAGUCUCCGCUGGUGUCUGUCAGCGUCUAUAACACAUCUCUGCAUGUGAGCCUCCGAUCACCUUCUCCUGCUCUUCAUGGCAUCUAUAACAGAUUUGACUACAGACUCAGCAUCACCAGUGAGGAUGGACCUGAGUUUCAUAAGACAGUCAAGGACUUACAGAACCUGACUGUGAAUGACCUGACGCCCGGCCGCAGAUACUGUGUGAACGUCAGCAUCAUUGAUCACAAAUACUCCAGCAGACCUAUGGUGUGUGUGUCCACUCCUAAAGCUGACAACAUCUCAGUUACAGAUGUCCUGAUGGCUGUGGGUCUCUUUCUGCUGAUGGUGCUGAUAGUCAUGUGCGUCGCUCCAAGACUUCUCUCUUACUUCCUGUUUCAAAAAGGAGAUCUGCCUGAAGUUCUGAAGUCUUUUAAGAAUCAUCAUCAAGUCUACCGUGUUCUCCACCUCCCCUCUGAAUCCAUCAGCACGCUGACAGACGACACAGACGCUCUCCACACCAUGAAGAAGAACACGGAUGAACAUGAAGAGACAGAUGGAGACGCUGAAGAGGACGGCGUGAUGUACGAGAGACUAGCCACACAACCUCUUCAAGCUCCAGACACGUCCUGGUCUUCUGCUUUUGUGCCAGAAUCAUCCUGUGGCUGUGGGUCGCCGCUGAAGCCCAGUUCAGGGGUCCACGAGUCCUCGGCAGGCGUCCAGAGCUCCGGCUGUAGCGGUUCUGAGGGAGACGGUGUCAGUGAUUCUCAUCCUCUCCUCACAGAAACACCAGCGCUGAUCAAGUGUGUGGACGAGCCCGACGGAGCUGCGCUGGAGGAGGAGGACGUCAAUCUGUGUUCAGUCAUGUUACAUCACUACACAUCGUGCAGUAGUUCACAGGAGUUUGAGCUCAUCGCCGACUCGUUUGACACGCCUGUCAACAUGCACAUGUCUGACUGUGAGCAGGAGAGCGAGGAGGAAUAUUCAGAGUACUUGAGCCGAUCCUAGUGCUUUUAUUCCAAUAGAUUUUUGUAUCAAGACAAAGCAUUAAAUGUGCUUUGUUCUUUAUUAUAAGCAAAGCGACAGUAUCUGAUAUUCAGCUGUUGUGCGGGUGCUGUCUCACCUCUGUUACAGGUUUUCUGGUGAAAACAGCCUGUCAGCGUAUAAAGGCAUUUCAGCUGUGUUUAUUGACAUUGUGUUUAGCCAAUGAAAGAUGAUUUUGACUGAUUUCAUUCUUUGAAACAUUUCUUUUAGCCAGUCAAUGUGAUACUGCGACAGGCCUACAGUUGAAGCUGAGUGUUCUUCAGCCGUUUGUUUAUUGUUUCAGGUUAUGUUCAUGAGUGUUGUGUGGAUGUGGAUUGAGAUCAGAUCAAACCAACAGUGUUUCUUCAGACACAAGUGUGUGUUUCUGAACGCCAGUAUUAAAAUCAAUGGACAUUUCAACCUCAACGGAAAGAUUUCAUUCAUGAAAAUAUUUCAGAAUUGAAUAAAGUUUGAUGUAGAACAGA